GUAUGUAACGCGAACUAUAGAUUUCAGUGUUGACAGUGAAUAUUGGAAUGCAGCCUUGGUAAUUUGAACAUCUGAAUUCGGAGUUUCGUAUUUACUCCGUACGAGGUCUCUAAAAGUUCCGGACCUAGCCCGUCUUUCCGUCGACCCUAACAAGAUUCUGAUGAAUAGAUGUGAAUAAAGUGACGUAACAAUAACAGCGCUUUGACGUGAAAUUUGGUUGUGUUAUUAUUUACAAAUAACAUUCGACAACUAGUGGGGUCACGGUUUACAGUUUGAAAGUUAUGUUGCACUGUGAUUUCGCACAAAUUAUUUUCACUUAGCAUCAGAAUCAUCAAGCACCAAAUCAUCUUUCCUUAAAGUGUCCUUGCUCAUGGGAUUUAUCGACGAUGAAUUGCACGAAGUAUCUCAGCUCUGUCACAAUGUCGUUGAAGGAAGUCGCCUCAUUUCUUGCGUACGGAGCAUGGUCCGCGUCGAAAUAACAAAAACAUCGUUCAAACAUCUUGUUGUGUGUAUCCAGUUUAGAGAAGAUUAUCCUGCUUCGCCAUUAUUUAUCGAGUUGAAGAGUAAAACUUUGUCUACAAAGUUACUUGAUGGAUUAACAGAGGUCUGUGAAAAAGAGUGCAAGGGUUUUUUAAACAAAGCACAGAUUUUGCCAAUUUUGAAACUUAUUAGAAAUUUUAUUGAAGAGAAUCCUCUGAUCUGCUGCUAUGAAGAAAUAACAACAUUGAAGAAACUUCUGGGAGACAAGGAUGAAUUAAAAUUGAAACAGAAGAACUCUUCUAUUAAUUUAACGUUGCACCAGGGCUUGUAUUAUUUCAAGACCAAGCUUGAAGUGCCAGAUAAUUAUCCUAUCAGUUGUAUGAAUUUAAGUGAUGUUGAUACAAACUUUCCAUCAUUGUUUAAACGCUAUCUAGUUGGACAAGGAAAAGAAUUAGCAAGACAAUGUGUCGAGCCACCAUUAAGAAAGCAAGCACAACAAAAGCCAUUUACACCAUCACUGUCAUUAAACACAGUUGCUUCCUUUCUAAUAAAAUCCAUAAAAGCUUUUCCACAAGAACCUUGCCAAUAUUGCAAAAUGAUAUGUCUGCCAGCAAAUCCAGAAGAGGUUGUAAACGACGAAAAUGCGGAUUUCCACGCCGAAAGGCUUUACUGUGGUCAUCUUUUCCAUUUAAAAUGUUUCGUGACAUACAUGAAGACUCCCCCGUUCCAUGGGGGUAAGAAAUGUCCAAGUUGCGGUCAACGCGUCUACCAUGACAAAUGGGGAUUAACUGAUAAACUUGCAGAAACUCGUUGGGCUCAUCAACAGGCACGAGCGAGAGAAUUAGCGGAGGUUGAAGAUUUCUUCAACUAAAAUCCCAUAUCAAGCAAGCUUUUGCAGUAAGUUUCUUAUGAUAAAACUUACUGAAAGUACGACGACGGUGGAAAGUUUGCUGUAUAAAAUAUGGCAACUGACAUUUUGAGUGAAAGUAAAAUGCAAAACAAGAAUGAAAGGAAAGGAUUCUACUUUUAGAAUGAAAAUAUUUUCCGUGAAGAAUGUAUCAUACGUAUGUUAAGGAAGAAGGCAAACAAUAAAAUUGUCAAGAAAAAUAUCUUUUUAAGAUAUACUUAGGAAAAUACUUUUGUAUCUAUUUUCAAACAUAAAAAUGUCAGUUAUCAAUUUUAUUUUUAAAUUGAGAACCCAAUGAAUCGAGAAAUCGAUUAUAGCAAAGACUAGAAAUGGGCAUUGAUUAGUAGAUUUAAAUAGUUGAUAAAAAGAAUUUUAUAACUGCUUAAGAUUACAUUACUUCUCUCUAUAUCUUUAAAUUAUUUUAUUUAAAAGUAGUAUUUACGUAUGUAAUCUUGAUUUGAUUACUCCUUCCUAUUUUGUAUAACAGCGAUAACUCAGGAUAAUUUGUCAGUUAUAAUAUUUUAUAGCAUUGUAUUUCCAUAGUUCUUGGAGAGUCGAUAUUUUGAAAAUAUUUUCUUAUCAGAUUUGAUAUACAUUUCUUAAAAAAACUAUUAGCUUUAAGUGAUGCAAUCAAAGAUACGAAAUAAUUUAAUAAAAAUAUGCGACUGGAGAAUGGCUUGAAAAAGAGACGACUAUAAAAGUGUUAUUAUAAUGAAUAACAUAUAACUUAUUUAAAAGUACAUGACUAAAUCACAAUUAAGAUAAAAGAAAAGUUUAUU